AUGAUUGCAUUAGGAUGGAAUUGCCGGGGGCUUGGGAACCCCCGGCCAAUUCGUGUGUUGCGUGAGCUCGUGCAACAUUGGACGCCCAAAAUAGUCUUCUUGUCGAAGACAAAGAUAAAGAAGUAUCGUAUGGAAAAGAAGAAAUUUAAAACUGGUUUGUUGAAUGGUUUAAUUGUUCCUAGUAUAGGGAGGAGUGGGGGAUUAGCUAUGUUAUGGAGUAGGGAGAUAAAGGUGGAAGUUCAAGGCUAUUCAAGAAAUUAUAUUGAUGCAGUGGUGACUGACUCGGAAUCAGGUUUUAAGUGGCAUAUUACCGGUUUCUAUGGAAACCUUGAAACUCAUUGUAGAAAAGAAUCAUGGAAUCUUUUGAGAAGCCUUAGCCAAAAGUAUCAACUUCCCUGGUUAUGCUUUGGUGAUUUUAAUGAAAUAGUAUCGGUGGAAGAGAAAUUGGGUGGGGUGCAAAGGUCUCAAAGGCAGAUGGAGGAUUUUAGAGAUGCAAUACACCAAUGUGGGUUCAAGGAUCUUGGGUUUAUUGGUCCUGAGUUUACUUGGUGUAAUAUGCAAGAGGGUGAAAGCAGAAUGUAUUUAAGACUGGAUCGAGCUUUGGCCACUCCUGAUUGGGUUGAUCAUUAUAAAGAGGUUAAGGUGCAUCAUUUGGUGGAAUCCACAUCUGACCACUGUGCUUUGCUUAUAUCUGAUGCCAAUGUUGUUCAGAAGUAUCCUAAUAGACGUAGAUUCCUAGUCGAAGCUAUGUGGACAAGAAGGGAGGAGGAAUGCAAAGAUAUUAUCCAAGAAGUCUGGGAUGGUAGCUAA